GGAUUGAAGACCCACUAGAUGCUUGAGAGCGCUUUACAAAAAGUUUCUAACGUGAAUGGAGUCGGGGUCGGCGGUUCACGUUCAUCCCGUAGUUUUAGCAUCGAUUGUGGAUGCUUAUGAAAGACGUGCAGAAGGAUCAGAGAGAGUUAUUGGCACUCUUCUUGGGACAUGGGGAAAAGGAAUUAUCGAAGUUACUCAUUGCUUCAGUGUUCUGCAUCAAGAAAAUGCAGUAAAUGUAUGCAUGGACUUGGAAUUCAAAAACAACAUGACCGUGCUCGAGCGUAAAGUAAACCCCUCUUAUAACAUCGUUGGGUGGUAUGCAACGGGAAACGAAAUUCCAGAAACACUAAAGCUUAUCCACGAAGAUGUGUACAUGCGAAAUCUAAAGAAUGCGAUCUUUCUAAUGUUGGACACUAAUGUGACUCUCUGGGACAAAAUGGCUAUUAAAGCAUACCUUUGCAGGAAGAUGGGUAUUCCUGGUGGAACACAAGGACUUAUUUUUGUACCAGUUGAAGUAGAAGUCGAGUGCUAUGGUGCAGAACGUUGUGCUGUUGAAAUGAUGGUUUCCUCUAUUGAUCCACGGAGUAAAUUAGAGCCUGAACUUGGAGAUGAUAUGGUUUAUCUUCAUCAACUUUCACAACAUCUGCUGACUAUGUUGGAUCAGGUCAUUCGUUACGUCGAAAAUGUUAUCGACGACAAAUGUCCAGCCGACCCGAAAAUCGGAAGGUCUAUAGCACAAUUAAUUUUCUCAAUCCCUAAGUUGGACCCAGAUCAUUUGGAGCAAUUAAUUAACUCAAGUUACAAAGAUUUACUGAUGGUUACUUAUCUGACGAAUCUUAUCCGAACACAUCUAAAGAUUUUAAAUUUGGCUCAGUAACAAUUCACGCCGCAGGAUAAAUAAGCUCGGAAAUAUUCCCUGAUAGAGUGCCUGUGGUAUGACAGAUUGCUUCUCAAGAAAAAUCAUGUGCAAUUACAAAGUGGCUCUCAUGUAAAGGCUUGGGGUUUAUACAUUAUUAUUGCACAAAUUUUCAAAUAUGGUUGCAUAACCCUCUGCAUGAAAACCAUUUAGAGAACUAUUCUCAGGAUGUUUAAUCAUAUGUCGAAACUUUUACAAAGUUAUUUGAUGGUGGGUUUGCGCUGAUCAAAACAUGACUUUUGAAUGUAAUUCAACUAUUGUGCGAGCUACUUAUCAGACACAUGAAUACCUAACUGAUCUUUUGUCCUGUUCAAGGUGUUACAAUUGCGUAAAAUAAAUCGAAUUCCGUUUUUACUGAAAGGUUUAGAAAAUGAAAUGGAUAAAUGGAGUAUUUGAAAC